ACCGGUACCCAUCCCAACUGCCAAAGUUAGCUUUUGAAACAACAGCUCAGCUCAUUUCAUGUCAUAAUAUGGUUUUAUAACAUAUAUAAAGGUUAUUCUGCAAUUAAAUUAUUACAGCAACUCAAAGCAUAAAAUACCUGGAGCAGCUACUAAAGAGCAUCGGUAAUAGCUAGUUGAGACUGGGAGCUGGUCAGCAGGGACCAUGGCUGUUUUUUGCUCCAGGGCCUGCUUGCAGGGUUCAAGUGAUCCUGUUAAAAUUCAACCUCACUCACUGAGGACACCAACAACAGUGACGAUCAGGAACAAUCUGCCUGAUACACAUCCUGGAAAUCAGGAUCCAGGAGUCGGGCCAGAUAUCUCACCUGCAGUUCGACACUUCAGAUACACUUCUGCAACACAGAGGAGUUAUGAGGACGUUGGAUGGAUUACAAAGGUACCGCGGCACUUGAAGGCACCAGAAGCAACCCUGGAGAAACUGGCAGACCCAGUGAGUGAGCGUGCCUCACUGAGGCGCUACAACAGCCGACCUCAGCUGUGGCAGUCUGUAGGAGCCGAGUGGAACAGGCGACAGCUUCGACUGAGGAAUGAUGCCAAGAAACCAAUAUCUUUCUGCAGUACAUAUCCAAGAUCAGGUCAGAUCCCUCUGUACACUGGCACCGUCGGCUCUGAGAACAUGGAUAACAUUGACAACAUGGAUGAAGACUUCCACCCACUGACAGUGAAGAGGAGCGUCGUUCCUCCACACACGCCGACAGCACGCCGAACCACCAUCCCUGGCUACACAGGCAUGGCUGCCUAUGCUGACUCUGCUGCUCCUGCAACUUCUGCAGGUUCAUCUGGAGCAUUCGAAGAACUUGGAACUUCUGUUUUCAGGCACACGGCGCCCCUGUCCAGAACGGUGACCGCCGUGCCUCCCUGCAACCCCUUCGUGAGACCUGUGCUUCCUGUCUGGUGCACAAGCGCCACAGCAAGACUUUAGACAAACGAGAUGAGAGAGAGCUCGAAGGUGUCAGCUUCCUAUUCAUGCCAUCCAAUCUGUUUAUAUGAAUACAUCUACGAUGAUGUGAUGUCAGUGAGUUAUUCAGAGUGAGUUAAAGAAUAAUGAGAUGCCCCAUUAUCAUAAUUUCCCUGAUUUAGAUGAGUGGUUUUCUAACUCUGGGUAGUGAGUGCGUUGCAUUGUCCUCUUAAAUAUUUGCUCUCUCUCACUGACUCGCUUGCUUGCUCGUUUACUCUAUGUGUGUGCAUGUGUGUGUGUGUCUGUCAUGAAGGGCAAAGAGAGGGGCGAAAUAUUGAGGAAAGUCAGGAUUUUUAGUGCUAUCGUUACGUUUUUAAUAGUAUACAAAUUACGGCAGCUUUACAGAUCCAUUAUGACUAAACAGGCUAAUCUGCAUUGAAAAUGCUGUCUGUAGGCUUCAGUAUAUACAUUGCUUAGAUUUCUGUAGAUGUGACUGUAAUGCACAUUGACAUUAUUAUGAUGUGCCUGGCAGCAAUAGCUUUAUGUCUGCGGUUAGUGCAGCUUGACGCUUAGACAGGAAAUAGGGAUGAGAUGGUUUUCCUGUUUCUCUUCAUCUAUACUUUGUUUAGAUUUACAUUUCAUGAGGAUUUUGUACUUGAGCACACAGUUGAUACAUGUGAGGACUUUAGGUUGUGUGAUCACUAAUGCAUGCAUCUUUUCUUUUUAAUUAUUGUAUAUCUAGUGUCAUUUGUGUUUUAUUUAUUUAUUUAUUAUUACAUUUCCAAAAAGGGAGGAAACUCAAAAGAGAUUUAAAUAAAAAGUGAUCAAAUUUUUCUUUUAAAAACUGAGAAGCUGAGAAAGUUCUAAUUUUUGACAUGAAGACUUUGGAGGCAAACGUUACUUAUUGCUUUAAUGCUGCUAACCUCACCACAGAACACCAGCAGCUCGCUGGCCCAAGCGAAAGCAUGAAAAAACGUUGCCCUCACACGUAGGCCCCUGACCUCUGGACAGACACAUUUGACUCCCAAAUAUAGACUGAAAAAAAAUGUUAGCAAGUCUGCAAAUAUCAUCCAUUGUGUCUUCUUUAAUGACCCUAAACUGCCUUUGAACUCCGUCAGUCCUGUUUCAUGCUGAUAUUUGUCCAAAGCACUCUUUACACAGCGAGCAAUAUGACAUCAGCUCUCCAUCAAACCCAUCACAGACGGAGAACUGCACAACUUCCAACAUAGUUGUCAAAGUAACAGAGCAUUAUUAAGUGCAGUAAGUGCUAUCUCUCGCUCUCUUUUUUUUUUAAAGAUGUUACCAGUUAAUGCAUCGCUGAGAACAUUGGUGAGUAAAGUGAAUUAUGUGCAUGGAAAGGUUAAGAUUUAUCCCUUUUCCUUUAUGCUGCUGUGACUCCAGUGAAUCUAGAGGCAGCACCCUUCCUUUUGGCACGAUAUCAGCUCACGGCUCUGUUGGUGAUUGAUGUCUAACAGCCACAGAUUAUUAUGCUAAACAACUAAUGCUAAAAAACAGCUGUUAGUUUUGUUAAAGCGAGCCUUUUCAGUUGUAAUUAGUGCUGUUUUGCAUUGAUUUUAUGACUUUUGAAAGAGACUAGAAAGUUGAGGAAUUAACUCCUUGGCUUUCUUGCACAUUUAGAUAGCAGGACUCUCUUAACAGCUUAG